CUUUUAUUUUAUAGAAGUCCCCAUAUUUUUUUUUUCCCUCGAAAAGUCUCUCCUUUUUCCUCUCUAAUGGCUGCAGUUCCUCUCAGUUUGUAGCAUUAGUAGGGACAUAACAUAUGCUUGCUCUUCUUUUUUGAUUUCUAAGGCGUUAAAUUUCGACGAUUUUUUAGUGAGGAGGAGAUCAUUGAAUUUGAGAUUGAAUCUUUCCUGCAAGUUUCCACUUAGAUCCAUUAGAAUGGAAAUCAGUGAUAAUUGUACCCCUUUGAGUGCAAACAAUGAAUCUAGAGGCACGUUGGUUGUUUUCGAAGGGUUGGAUCGUAGUGGGAAAACUUCACAAUGUGGGAGGUUGGUUUUGUAUUUGGAGGGAUUGGGUCAUUCAGUUGAAAUAUGGCGAUUUCCAGACAGAACUACUAGUGUCGGACAGAUGAUAUCUGCAUAUCUUACAAAUAAAUCGCAGUUGGAUGACCACACGAUUCAUCUCCUUUUCAGCGCAAAUCGGUGGGAGAAGAGAUCAAUGAUGGAAACCAAAAUGAAAGCUGGAACCACUCUUAUAGUGGACCGUUACUCUUAUUCCGGGGUUGCUUUCUCAACUGCUAAAGGACUUGAUUUCGAAUGGUGUAAGGCACCAGAGACCGGUUUAAUAGCCCCAGAUUUGGUCGUUUAUCUCGAGAUAACACCCGAGAAAGCUGCAGAAAGAGGAGGCUACAGGGGUGAGAGAUAUGAACAGCUUGAGUUUCAGCGGAAAGUUGCCCAACACUAUAAACUCCUCAAAGAUUCUUCAUGGAAGAUUGUAGAUGCUUGCCAACCCUUGGAUGAUGUGGAAAAACAGGUGAAAGAGAUUGUAUUACAGCAUAUCAUAGCAUGCCAAAAAGGGAAAAUUCUUUCAUCCUUGUGGUCAUGUUAGUUUAUAUAUAUAUAACAGAAUAUUAUCCCAUAUACCGUCUGUGGAGUUUUUAUAUUUUAAAUACGUCGUUGUGUUUUUGGAUUUGGAUUUCAAUUUAGUAUCUUUUUUCAAACUAGAAA